AUGUCGUCGCCAGCCUUCGCCGCCGCCGCCACAGACCAACCGCUGCCUCCGCCACCAGCGCCGCCGCCACAGACAGUAGUAGCGGGCAAGAUCCCGAUCGCGACGCUACGCGACCUCUACCUCGACCGCACAUUGGACACCGCCUCAGCGACGACGCACGCGGCCACCGAUGAGUUCCCGCAAGUCAAGAAGCUUAGUCCGCUGAGGAAGAAGCGGAUUCUCGUUACUGGUGGCGCGGGCUUCGUCGGCUCGCAUCUCGUCGACCGGCUCAUGCUCAUGGGCCACGAUGUCAUCUGUGUCGAUAACUUCUUUACCGGGACGAAGUCGAACGUCAGCCAGUGGAUUGGUCACAGCAAUUUCGAGUUGAUCCGCCACGAUGUAGUCGACCCGAUCCUCCUCGAAGUGGACCAAGUGUACCACCUGGCGUGUCCGGCAUCACCCGUGCACUACCAAUCCAACCCGGUGAAGACACUCAAGACCGGUUUCUUCGGGACGUACAACAUGCUCGGACUAUCGAAGCGUGUCAAGGCCCGCUUCCUCCUCGCGAGCACCAGUGAGAUCUACGGUUCCCCCGCCGAGCACCCGCAGCAAGAAUCCUACUGGGGGCACGUGAAUCCGAUCGGGCCACGGGCCUGCUACGACGAGGGGAAGCGUGUGGCCGAGGCGCUGACGUACAGCUAUGCGCGGCAGGAAGGCGUCGACGUCCGCGUCGCGCGCAUCUUUAACACUUUUGGCCCCCGCAUGAAUUGGAACGACGGGCGGGUGGUAUCGAACUUCAUCCUGCAGGCGCUCAGGGGCGACGAUAUCACCGUGUAUGGUGAUGGAAAGGCGACGAGGUCGUUCAUGUAUGUCCAUGACCUCGUGGAUGGCCUCAUCGGCCUCAUGGAGAGCGAGUGCACCGAACCGGUCAACCUCGGAAACCCGGAUGAGUUCAGCAUCGAUAGCUUCGCGGUCAUGAUCACGGAUUUGGUUAAGGAGGUCGAGCCGGAUACGAAAAGCGGCGUCGUAUAUCUCCCCGCCGUAGAGGAUGAUCCGCAAAGGAGACGCCCAGAUAUCAGCAGGGCGGGCGAGAGGUUUGGUUGGCAGCCGCAGUUUAAUGUUGUCGAUGGGCUGAGGGAAACUGUGUCGUAUUUUAAACGGACACUGCAGCAGGAUACCGAUGAGCCCAACUGA